UAUUUUCAAAAUGAGCAAUUCAGGCCCAGGUUGCUUACUUGUUCCAUCAUGUGCAUUGUACUGCUUGCAUUUGGACCCACUGAGAUUGGUGGAUAUAUUCAAUUCACCUAGGAAUGUUUUGUCUGAUCAGUUUCUGUGGGUUUUUUUAUUUAUAUCUGAAUAUUUAUGUUCAAGGUAUCUGUAAAAGUCAAUGUAUUAUGUGAAUUGGAUCUGAUCUAUGGAGCAUAUGAUUUAAUUAUAGUCCUUAACAUGUUUUUUUAUGAAUAAUGAUCAAGUAUUUGGCCAACUGAUUGAUGCCUCUAAAUUAUGUCUUUGAAAGGGAUAUGAAAUCAUGGAUUCAAAGGAUUGGUCUCUAAAGAAUGAGUAUGCUUUCAUUAAAAUCCUACAUGACAAGGUGAAAAAUAAUAAACUGCAAACAUCCACAUUCAAGAAACCAGUGUGGGAGGAGAUUAACAGGGAACUUUAUGAGGCCACGAGGGAACACUAUGGAGUGGGGAAGUUAAAAGGAAAAUUCAAUCGUCUUCGGAAGAAGCAUCGAGAGUUUUCAACAUUGUUAGCCCAUACCAGUGUAUCUUGGGAUACUGUGUCAAAUACUGUACAUGCACCCGAUGAGGUUUGGCAGGAAUUUUUUAUGAGAAACAGAUCAUAUAAACAGUUUCGGAAAAGGGGAUGUGAUUACUAUGAAAUUCUUGGAGAGAUUUUCAGUAGCAACACAUCAUCAGGAAAGUCGCAUCAUACUUCUACUCAGGAUCCCCUGACAUCUGAGGACCAGGAGAUAGAAGAAGAGUUUCUAAAUACUAACCAGCACGUGGAAACAUGGAAAGAGAACAAUGAUGAGACCAACGACGCUGAAGUGAGGAUUGGUUUUGUUCGACCAUUUAUUUUUGACUCCUCAAUUGAUCGUCCAUGCAAGUCAAAUAAAAUUGCUCACAAUGACAAAUUGGACACUAGUUUGGACUUGCUGUCAUCAUCAGUAAGUGCUAGGACAGAAGCUCCAAAGCACAGAAUUGAGAAGCAGAAUGUUCAAUGCUGUGAAGACUUGUACUCGAUCGAUGCAUGCAUGGAUGUGUUGGACAGUAUGGAGGCUGUUCCAAAUGAUCUCUACAUCAAGGUUUUAAAGAAGUUCACUGAUCCUGAUUGGAGGCGGAUGUUCAUAAAAAUGCCCCAUUUCAGGAGAAAGUAUUGGGUGGAAAAUCUGGAUUAGAUCCUUUGAUUCUAGGAUUUCUUUUUGAUUAAAUAUAGUCCUAACUCAGGAGAAGGGAUCCCAUAACUUUUAGAUUCUUCUUCCUAUAUUGUUAGUUACUGCAUAUAGAUGCUAUUUCAGUUCCAUUCGGACACCUUAAUGCUGUUGUUCAGUUUGAACUUGUAUGACCAUUAGUUCUUGAGGUACCUUGCAAACCUUUUUUAUGUGGCCUUUGUAUAUAUUAUAGUAAGCUUGAUGGUUGGGAAACGUCUUUGUGACAUAGUGGUUAGAAAAUUUUUUAAAGCUUUCAUUGCUUAACAGUUUUUUUUUCCUUC